GGGCUCGCCGGUGCAUCGGGCCGGCUCUUUAUAGCUGCAGCCUGGGCGGCUCCACCGGCUGGGUUUUUAUUUUUUUUCCGCCUCUCCGGAUCGUGGCUUCUUCUGCCCGUGGUCAAGAUGCAGCUGAAACCGAUGGAGAUUAACCCCGAGAUGCUGAACAAAGUGUUGGCCAGGCUGGGGGUCGCCGGCCAAUGGCGCUUCGUCGAUGUGCUGGGGCUCGAGGAAGAGACCCUGGGCUCGGUGCCAUCACCUGCCUGCGCGCUGCUGCUGCUGUUUCCCCUCACCGCCCAGCAUGAGAACUUCAGGAAGAAACAAAUUGAGGAACUGAAGGGUCAGGAAGUUAGUUCUAGAGUGUACUUCAUGAAGCAGACCAUCGGGAACUCCUGUGGCACGAUCGGCCUCAUUCAUGCCGUGGCCAAUAAUCAAGACAAGCUGGAAUUUGAGGAUGGAUCAGUCCUGAAACAAUUUCUUUCCGAGACGGAGAAGAUGUCCCCUGAAGACCGAGCAAAAUGCUUUGAAAAGAAUGAGGCAAUUCAAGCAGCCCAUGAUGCUGUGGCCCAGGAAGGCCAGUGUCGGGUAAAUGCAACAAAUACAAACCCAAGGCAGGCUGCCCAGGUAGAUGACAAAGUGAAUUUUCAUUUUAUUCUGUUUAACAACGUGGAUGGCCACCUGUAUGAGCUCGAUGGACGAAUGCCUUUCCCAGUGAACCAUGGCUCCAGUUCAGAGGACUCCCUGCUUCAGGAUGCUGCCAAGGUCUGCAGAGAAUUCACGGAGCGUGAGCAGGGGGAGGUCCGCUUCUCGGCUGUGGCGCUCUGCAAGGCGGCCUAAAUCCUGGGUGGGAACGUGCAGCCCUGCCCGCGCUCUGCAGCCCCUAACGCUUUGGUACUUGCAAUCACAUCUAUUACCUUUCAUUCUGCAGCCCUGUUCCCUUCAUCCCACCCCAAAUCUAGCAAGCUCAGUGUCCGGCCACGCAGCUGUGAGCUUCACAUGGGGCGCAUCUCCCCCACUGUUUAUCAUGAACCUUACUAUCUAUGGCUUCUUUGGUUUAUGUCUGUCAGUGAAAGCUUCAGGAUGUGGCUUAAUUGUUUGUCCUUGAAAGGAAUAAAACUUUUCACCUGGUCAGA